UCCGGAUCAUUCCUAACACAGAUCCUUUCACAGGUCUGUAGUCACCUGUAUAGAUAUAAUUCUGUUUAUUAUGAAGUGAUGUGAUCAUCUUUAUGUGAGGAUCUACUGAACAAACUUCAACACUUGGCUGAAUUGGGUUCGGCUGUAAACAUGAAUCCAGGAGAUAUUCCUCAGGAUCUGAUGGAGAGUGUGCAGGAUGCAGUCGGUCAGCAGGUCAAGCUGUGUGUUAUCAUGAAAGUGAACCUAGAGGUCAAAGGUGAGAGGUUUGAGAGCAGAAUUCUGGCUCUUGCACUUCAUCGAGUGUUUUUACUGAGUGCACGAAUUCCAGCUAAAAUUGAACAAUCCUGCAGUGUUUUUGACAUUCAGAGAAUCUGUAGCGUGAAACAGAAUCAGUUGUUGUUGGAUUAUGAUAAAGGACAGAUGUCUCUACAACUUACACCUGACCAGCAGACCGAUGAUAUUAUUGCACAAAUUGGAAGAAACAUACAGGAGAUUUGUCCGGGACUCGAUCCAAUGAGAGUGCUGAAGAAACUUGUGUUAGAGCCAACAGAGAGAAGCAUCAGUUUACAGUCCAUAUGGAAAAACCACAGUCCUACAGAUCCAGGACCCUGCGGUGGUUUUUCUCGUAUAUACUGGUGUGUGUGUGAUCAGUUGAAUGUUCCCUAUAGAGAUGAGGUUCAGUGGGAUGUGGACACAAUCUAUCUGUCUCAGGACUCACGAGAGCUCUGUCUACAGGACUUCAUGCAUCUGGACAACAGGGAUUUGGUGGCGAUCAUCGCUGCUCUGGAGUUCAGUCAGUGGUUCAUCAAACUCUCCAUUAAAGACAUCAAACUGACAGCCGAUCUGUGUGAGCAAAUAUUGAGAGUUGUGUCUCGAUCUACAAAACUAGAAGAGCUGACUCUGGAAAACACAGGACUCAAAAGUGAUUUUGCAGUUAGGUUUGCCAGUGCUUUAAGCCAGAAUCCAAACUCUUCUUUACACACAAUCAACUUUUCCAACAACUGCCUUGAAGACAAAGGUGUUGUGGUUUUGAGUUCUGUGCUGUCUAAACUGACAUCAGGACUUAAACAGAUGGACCUGUCCAAGAAUUCACUGUCACAUAAAGGUGUGAAUAUUCUGGCUCAGUGUUUUUCUUCAGACACACUCACACACCUGUACCUGUCUGGAAACACACUUAAAGGAGAUGAUAUGCCUAACCUGUGGAAUUUCUUGAGUCACCCCAACAAUCUUCACACACUUGAUUUGUCAAACAGCGAGUGCUCUCUUGACCUGGUGUGUUCAUCUCUGCUGCGUGGUUCUCUAAAACACAUGUCGGUUCUCAACAUGUCAAGAAGUGUCUUCAGUUACAAAAAAGGAAAGGAGUUCCCCUCAUCUUUCAAGCAGUUCUUCAGCAGCGCUCUUUCACUUCAGACCGUCUGUUUGUCUGGAACUAAACUCCCUCCAGAAGCUCUCAAAGCUCUGCUCUUGGGUCUGGCCUGUAACGCUAACCUGCGAGAUGUUUCUCUGGACAUCAGCAGCUGUGAUUUGCGUUCAGCUGGUUCUCAGAUUCUGGAGGGUUGUAUAGCUGAGAUUCCAAACAUCAUCAGUCUGGAUAUAUCAGACAAUGGCCUGGACUCAGAUCUGUCGACGCUGCUGGUGUGGCUUGGAAAAAAUCGUUCCAUUAAACACUUAUCCAUCGGCAGAAACUUCAGCAACAUCAAAACCAAAAAUCUUGGGCAGGUUCUUGUCUCUCUUCUUCAUAUGAUUCAGGAUGAAGAGUCUCCGCUGAUGUCUCUCUCUCUGGCGGACUCACGACUGAAGGCGGAUCUGUCUGUAGUUCUGAAUGCUGUGGGUGGUAACACCAGUCUGACCCAUCUGGACAUUAGUGGGAACAGUAUGGGUGACAUUGGGGCGAAGAUGUUGGGCAAAGCUCUUCAGAUAAACACCAAACUCAGGACUGUGAUGUGGGACAGGAACUGUGUCAGUGCUCAGGGUUUGCAGGAUGUGGCCGCUGCACUGGAGAAAAAUUACACAAUCAGAUUUAUGCCGGUUCCCAUCAUAGAUGCGGCUCAAGCUUUAAAGAACAGCCCAGAGAAAACUGAAGACGCUCUGUUGAAGAUGGAGCAGUAUCUGUUGAGGAAUCAUGAAAGCAGGAGAUAUAUGCAGGAACAAGCAUUCAGACUGCAGCAGGGCAUUGUCACCAGCACAACACAACAGUUGAUUUCACAGGUGUGUGUGCAGGUUCAGGAUCAGUUAAACUCUCUUUGCUUCAGUAAGAGCGACCGAGUUCAACAGGACAUCAAGACAGCAGAGAAACUCAUUAGAGAUGCCAAGAGCUCUAAAACUCUGUUGUCGAGUCUGUAUCACCUGCGCUCAGGUGGACGUGUGGCGGGCGUUUCGGAUGGCUCAGCAGGUGUGUGUGUUCAGCAGGUGCAUGAGAAACUGUGUUCAGUAGCAGGAGAGAUCAGCGCUGUCAUAAACCAACAACUACAGUUUGUUUGUGUGUCAAUGUUAGACACAGCAGAGAGUGUGUGUCCACAUGUCAUGCAGAAGGUGAAUUUGCGUGAUGAUCUUUUACACGCUAACAAAGAGAAGAUGAGUGUGUCACAAACCUUCAUCACAUCCACACUGCUGGAGCAAUCCGCCAUUGACAUCAUAAACAAGAUCAGUGAGGUGAAGUUUAGCAUGGCAUCAUGUCUCUCAGAUCACAUCACUGAUGAAAUCUUACAAUCUCUGUCUGGAUCUCAACACAUACUGGCAGGGCAUUUGAGCUGUAGAGAGAAGACUUUACUCUUUCAUGAGACCUCACAGGAGACAGAAGUUGUAGAAGAGAUAGAAAAUCUGGUACAGCCACAGCAGAGUCAGGAGGAGAAGAGGAGAACAGUUUACAGUAGGAUGUUCAGACCUGUGUCUGCAGCCUUCAAUCUGGGUUUUGAUCUGAGUAAGGCAUUAGAGGAUGUGUCUGUGUAUAUGGAGGACCUUCCCCCUCCUCCUGCACCCAUGUCACCAAUCGUGUCACCGUGGCCUAUGGAGGCGGAGCUUCAGCAGCCUCAAACUGUGUGUUUCAGUGACCUCCCCACAGUUGACACGCCCGCUUUACAACAUGUCACCAAAUACAGACCACGACGAACCAAGAAAGCCAAAACCAGUAGAGCCGCACCGGUCAGCAAAGUGUCUGUACAGGAUCCGAGCAUUGGUGUCGAUCAGCUGGAUGAAGGCGUGCCAGAGUUUUUCUUCAAAAAGGUCACAAACAUCCGAGCAAAAGCCGUUGAUCCAGAUGUUGAAAUCACAACACAAUCUCUCAUGAGUCCCAUCAUCAACAAAACCACACCCGGUGACACAACAACAACAACAACAACAGUUGCCAUGGUGACAGCAGAGACAAGCAUCACACCCACUGUGACUGCCGUUGACCCUUGUAUUCCCACCGUGGAGAUCCCUGAGGUCAAAGGUCACGUGCAGGAGGGUGUUAAACGUGACGGUCCAUUGGUUAAGGGUCAUGUGGGUGUACAGGUGCUGGGCGGUGACAUGCUGAUGGAGAUACGAGCCAAACAAGAGAAACGCAAGAAAGACAAAGCAGGUGUGUCUUCAUCUGUGGAACCUAAAGCUGAACCUCACACUGAAGCAGGAGUAAAUCAUGGACACACAACAGCAGAGGUCCAGAAAGAUCCAUCAGUAGAACUUACAGCUCAAACCAACAAACUCAAACACACAACUGAACACACACACACGCCUGCGCAAACAGCCAUUCUCAUACAGACACUUGAAUACAUACCUGUGCAGACACACACACCCGCCAAGACACCUACAUCAGCGGAGACACUCACAUCUGCGCAGACACUCACAUCUGAGCAGACACUCACACCAGCGGAGACACACACACCUGCGCAGACGCCCACACUCACACCUGCGCAGACGCCCACUCUUGCACAGAUACCUGCGCAGACACCCACACAAACACCUGCGCAGACACCCACACUCUCUCACACACCUGCGCAGACUCCCACACUCAUAUCUGCGCAGACGCCCACACUCUCACCCACACCUGCGCAGACACCCACCCUCACCCAGAGUGUAUUCUCGACUGUGUCCUGUCUGUCUCAGGAGUCUGGCGGUGAUGUCACCCCGCCUCCUCUGGAUGACAUCACAGAUAUCUCAACCGGAGGCUCCUCCCCUGCUCUGCUUCCCUCGCCCCUCUGCCAGUGGGACAGUGAGUGGGGGGAGCAGAGUCCUGUCACUCAGAGCACAAGGGGUGGAGACUCACCUAAAACCUGUUUGGAUUUACCUGGCGGUGUUGUUGUGUUUGAGACAGACUCACACAAACAAACACAGGUUGUGGUGAGGUCUGUGUCCUGCGUCCACUCCAGAAACGACUCGGACAAAGACGCCGCUGAUCGACAACGAACACAGUCUCUUCCCACAGCAGAUGGGCCGUUCAAUACUUCAGAUUCUGCUGGUGAUUCAGGAGUCAGUUCAGAGAGUCAGAACACUAACAUCUGAACAGAACAUACACACAAUUCACAUGACAUCAUUUUUAUUUAGCACAUGAAUUAUGUUUGUUAUUAUAAAGCUGAUUUAAUUCUCAUACAGCGUCAGUGUCAAACAUAUGAAUCUUGAGUCAGAAGUGAUUCAUUAUUUACAGUAGAGAUGCUUCAGAUCUCAGUGUUGAUCAUUGUCAAUUCAUAGAUUCACUGAUUUAUGAAUCCUUUAGUGAUGAUUAUUAGUAUGAUUUAAUUUUUUAAGUUUUUUUUUAUUUGUUUUGUGUAUUAACGGAUCAAUAUUAGUGUUUUCUUUGUUUGUAUUCUUAAUGAUGUCAUCUAAAUAUUUAAUUAUAAUGUGAUUAAAAUCUGGUGGUUGGA